CUUGUGAAAGCAAACAAGGCGAUGCUUGGAGAGUUUGAGAGAAAGAUUCUUCGUAAAAUAUAUGGACCAGUUUGCGUUAAUGGAGAACAUAGACGUCGUAUGAACCACGAAAAAUAUGACGACUAUAGCAACGGCUGGGUAGGCAAGGUAAUGUUGUCAGAAUGGGUGAAGAAGCUCCAGCAAGGAAGUUUUUUGAAAACAAACACGGUGGUACACGCAAACCGGUACGAUCAAAAGCCCGAUAGAAAGAUCAGGUGGUGGGAGACACUUCGAAACUUGGAGUCUAAGCAGAAGAUCGAAGUGCUUGGAACGCUAUACUACGUUAAAAGUAAGCUUGAAAAUAAUAACAACGGUUGGAUAAAAAAAACGUCACAACAGCUUCUCUCUGGGUUCCGACCAAGAGAUAUUUUUCAAAACAAGCUAGAUCUAGCACUAUAUGACAGCGAAGUAAUCAGCGACUACGACUUAUUCCACAUACGUGAUGAAGCAGCUGAAAAGAUUGACGCUUAACCUAGACGAUAUGAAGAAGGUGAUCUAAUUUUAGUCGAAAACGAGUGGUACCUCCAGGAAAUUGUAACCGCUCUACAAAAAACUUUUUAUCAUAACGAAAAUCCAGAAUCGCGAUCGUUAUGUCAUUGAAGAUUUACUGAGGUUAAUAUGUAAACAACGACAUUACACAUCUGUGUACGCUUCAGAUAAGAUGAAACCAUGGUGUGUUCUCCCGCACAUUGAAGUCAACGAAACCAGCGAUGAAGGAUACGAAAUCAACGACAGUACAAUCGAGGACGAAUGCAAUGAUAGGAUGGCCGACUGUGGGCUAACAAAUUUUUCCGAAGAUGGCAACCCAGUACAGUCAGCUGACGAGUAGAGCGAGACGAAGAGUUAUAGUCGGAAAGUGGCAAGCGACGUGAACGAUCGUGUCACGGAAUCAUCCUCAACAUAUUUUAUUUCUUUUUUCUAAA